CAGUUAAUACAGUCAAAGAUCUUGAUAAAAUUUGUGAUGGUACUUUUAAAGUUAUUCAUAUAUUUGUUCAGAUUUUUACAGGAACUUCUCUCUUUCAUUUUGAUGAAUGUCCUCCACAUUACUCAUCUACAAGAUAUUAUCCUUGCAAUUCAACACAUGUAAACCUUGUAGGUUCAUAUUUAGCAUUAACAAUCCUAUUCCAAGAAACUUUGCAAUUAGAUGAAUAUCAACAUGAUGAAUAUUUAACAGUCAAUAUUUUGUGUUUUGUAUCUCAACUUGUUGCAAAUCACCAAGUUAGUGAUAUGGAUAUUUUGGUUGUACCUAUUUGCACAGGUACAGCCCCAAUAAAGCUCCAAAAAUUAGAUAAUCCAGGUCAUCCUAGUGUGACUGAUUACAAUGUUUAUGAUAUACAUGUGUCACCUAUGGAUAUAGAAGAAUCUUUUAACUUUAUUGAUUCAGUAAUGGAACAUCAAAUGAAAAAUUUCAAUGAACCCAUCAAUCCAGUUCCACAUGAAAAUUUAUUAUGUCAUAUCCUGAUUGGUGCUGUUAGAGGAAUUCCAGUCAUUAUGGAACAAUGUGAUUUGGAGCUUUUGAAAGCAAAGAGUUCUUUUACUUCAGCAGAGAAAUUUGGAAAGUCCUUGUUGAAUGGGCAAAAAGAAGAUUCUAUUGGAGGAAGUAAAGAUCCUAAAGACAGUAAAGAUGAAAAGCGUAAAAUGGCUGUAUUGAAGUUGAUGUUUUGGAUCCAUACUCAAAAGCCAAUCACCAAGGACACUGUUCUAGAUGACAGUACUAAAUUUAUUUCGGGUACAUCAUGGCAUCAAAAGAAACAUUAUCCAAGACAAUUUAAAUUUACCGAAUAUAAAAUAGUACCUAUCUUAAAAAAGAAAAAAGAUUCUAAAAAUCCAUACACAAAUAAUAAUUUAACCAAUCAUAAAGAAGUGUCUGUUAUUGCAGAUACUGAUGAAAACAGGGUAGAAACUAUGGAUAGCACAACAGGUCGUUUUAUUGUUAUAAUACAUAGGUAUGGUAAAUCAGCAGAUGCUCUAAUACCACAUGCAGAUGGGCAGUAUAAGUUCAGUUCUGCUAUAGCAUCAGGUCAUCCUGUCCAUAAAACACAUGUAGGCGAAAUUGAUUUGAAAAUUGUAAAGCAGUUUUUACAUGGAGUUAAUGAACUUCCUCAAAAAUCUGGCAUUGUGUUUGGAGAUCGGCUUUUAAGUUUUAUGGGAAUAUAUGGAUGUAUGACAAAAUUUUUUUCUAAAGAGUUAGAUGAAGGGGAAAUAUUGGAAGUAUCAGAAAUGAUAGUUGAUGAUUAA